AUGGGGGAAACCACGAUUUCUGGCGAACAUGAUGACCCUGAGCUCGGUCCUCCGAACUUCGAGCGUGUCGUUCUCCGAAUCGAUGGCCUCAAGUGUGGAUGUUGUGAGUCGGGUCUUUCACGAAUCGUUGAACGCGUCCCGAAUAUCAAGAACUUUCAGCUGAACACUGUACUUGCUCGAGUUGAGUUAGAGCUGGAUACCAAUCGUCUCUCGGUUAGCAAAGUUAUCAAGAUGCUAGAAACCAGGACCGGAUACAGAUUCGAGGAGCAGAUGGUAUCCGACGGUCAAGUCUUGGAGGUCAUCGUCACCGACCCUAGGCGCAUGCAGCACGCCGGUCGACCAGAUGGUGUCAUACGCCUUAAAGUCCCUGAACGAGCGCCGUGGCGUCCUUUCGCUGUGCUAAGUGGGCGCACCAGCACAACUCUGAAGGAAACGACCACAGACGACGCCGAUGGAGAUUGCGAAAUUCCAAAGAUCCGCGUACCACCGACCAAGAUAUACUACGAUGCAACCAUAAUAGGGGCCCGAGAUGUUCUCAGGCACUAUCGUCAAUUUGACCCAGAUCUACGCCUGGCGCCUAUGGCUGCAGACCCGGGGCUUGAUUUAGGAGCAAAGCAGACCAUAAGAGCCCUGAAAUGGUUUUUGCUGUCACUCAUCUUCACGAUCCCCGUCCUCGUAUUCGCCUGGACACCUGUCGGGAGACGCUCUAGAGGUCCUCCCAACUCAAUCUAUCUCCCCGGUUUACACACCUCCCUAGCACUCGCCACUGUAGUGCAGAUCAUCGCCUUGAAAGAGUUUUUCCCAGGCGCAAUGCGGUCACUUUACCACUCUCGCGUCUUCGAGAUGGACUUCCUGAUCGCGUUCAGUACGACAAUGGCCUACAGCUUUAGCGUCGCUUCUUACAUCUUCCAAGUCAGAGGCAAGCCACUAGAGACGGGGUCGUUCUUCGAGACGUCUACUCUCCUGGUAACACUGAUCUUGCUGGGUCGUGCCAUCAACGAGUUCGCCCGUUUUCGCGCCGCAAAGUCGGUAUCGUUCCGAUCUCUUCAGGUUGACGAGGUCACGCUUAUUGCCCAUCCGGAGGAGUCCAACUCUUGGUCCAACGCCCCGACAACCAAGAUUGACACUCGGCUACUCCAAUACGGUGACUUCUUCACGAUACCGCCUCAUACCAUGGUAGCCACGGAUGGUGUUGUUGUGUAUGGAGGCUCCAAUGUCGACGAGUCCAUGAUAACUGGCGAAUUCAAACCCAAUGCGAAAGGCCUGGACUCCGAAGUCUUUGCCGGCACCAACAACGGGGAUAGGUUCCUGGUGGCGAGGCUGACAAAGCUCCCUCACGAGAACUCUGUGCAGCGAAUCGCAGCUUUGGUGGAAGACGCAGAAUUGACAAAGCCGGGAGCACAAGCACUUGCGGACCAGAUCGCUGGUUGGUUUGUGCCUGUAAUGGCCUCAAUCGGGCUCACAGUCUUUCUCAUCUGGCUCUUCGUCGACAAGUACCACAACAAGAAGGAUUGGCGGAGUGCGGUACUGUCAGCGAUUACCUAUGCUAUUGCUACAUUAAUUGUGUCGUGUCCUUGCGCUAUCGGGCUCGCUGUGCCUAUGGUUGUACUCAUCGCGAGCGGAGUAGCGGCACGAUAUGGUAUCAUCUUCAGAGAUCCACAGAAGCUCGAGAUCGCGCGCAAUGUUACGGAUGUCAUCUUUGACAAAACCGGAACUAUAACUACCGGAACGCUCAAGGUCGUUAAUGUUCCCAGGUACCGUCAUACAGAUCACGCUCAUACAAAGGGCCUGCUGAUGGGCCUCUUGAAGGACAUCAAGCACCCUGUGUCUAUGGGGAUCUCGAGCUGGCUGGCACAAGAUAGGCUUGUCCACAAAGACUUCCAACCUCUGGAAGUCACAAACAUUAUCAGUGUUCCCGGUCAAGGAGUCCAAGGCACAUGCGCGAAGACAGGAGUUGAGAUCCGGGCCGGGAACGCCGAGUGGCUGGAUAUUAACGUGAUGGGACCAGAGACCAAUACGAUGUGCUACUACACGUAUGGCGGAGAUCUUCGCGCCAGCUUCGAGCUGAUGGACCACCCUCGCCCAGGAGCGGAAAUGGUAAUUCAGAAACUGCUAGCCCGAGGGGUCAAAGUGCACAUGCUGAGUGGCGACACUGCCGGCGCCGUUACUAGCAUUGCCAACAGGCUCUACAUCCCUGAGGGAAACACCAAGGCAUGUUGCAAGCCGGAAGGCAAGAUAAACUACGUACGCGACCUCCAAACACCCGGAAAAGUCGUCAUGUUCGUGGGUGACGGGACGAAUGACUCUGUGGCGCUCAAGCAGGCGCAUGUCGGAGUCCAUCUCAACCAAGGCUCAGACAUCGCAAAGAGCGCGGCUGAUGUAGUCCUUAUGACCACACGUCUCCACGAUAUUCUGAUCCUACUCGACAUUUCCUUCGCUGCAUACCGACGUAUACUUCUGAACUUCAGCUGGUCGGCCUUGUACAAUGUAGCCGUCAUCCUCCUGGCAGCCGGCGCGCUCGUCAAGGUAGGCGACCAAAUCAGGAUCAAACCGCAGUGGGCUGGGCUGGGUGAGCUCGUCAGCGUCUUGCCCGUUGUCUUGAUUGCAUUCCAGAUGCGAUGGCGGGACUAUGGCAAGAAUUACAGGAUGAUCGAGGCGGAGUAUCAGAAGGUCGAGGCGCCGAGGCGAGAGCGUCGUAUACAUCCCAACGACGAGGUUGGCGCAGGUUGA